AUGACCAGCGUGUACUCAGGAAACAGUGUCGUCAGCUUUGACGACUUACUCGCUCAUCUCAAGUCAUUGCCCGUCCCGCUGCUUCCGCCUCCAAAACCCCUCGAUCCAGCUUUGACCGACAAGAUAGCUUCUCUAUAUCUGCAUCCUGCACUCGAAGCUGUCUUACAUCUUCUCAACCAUGACCUGCCUUCUGCACACUUCCUGGUGCGACACAUGCAGUCCGAUCCCGCCUUUGAAGCAAUGUACCUCCAUGGCAUCCUCCACCGUAUAGAGGGUGACUUCAACAACACCAGAGCCUGGUACUACGAUGUAUACAACUCCGAGCCCUUCGAGCUAGUAUGGGGAAAAGCCACAGAAGACGAAGAGGCCGAGGUCGAGAAGAAGAAAAGCCAAGGUGAAACCAAGAUGCCUCCUCAGAAGUCUGCUCGAGACUUUGUAGACAGCCUCGAAAAGCUGUCAAAGGGCCAAGGGGACAAGGAAGCUCUCGCAAAAGAGAGCAGAAGGGAGUUCGAUGCUAUUCUUGACUGGUGCACCAAGAAGUUUGGGACUGCACAGCACACCGAUGCCUCGAAGGCUUGGGUGCAACCGAGCCAGGAGAUCAGUCAGAAGGGCCAAGACAUGGUCACUGGCAAUGAUGGCUUUAGGAAGUUCUAA